AUGGCGACGAGGCCGCCAGCGGAGGGGAAGCCGUGGGAGCUGGCGGCGAACCCGCGGCUGUCCAAGGGCAAGACGGUGCCCGUGGUGGUGCUGGACGGCUGGGGCGAGGCGGCGCCCGACCCCUUCAACUGCAUCCACAUCGCCGACACGCCCACGCUCGACGCCCUCAAGAAGUUGCUGCUCAAAGGGGCAAGCGAGCGCGGGGCGAAGAGGAUACGGGUUCACGUCCUCACGGAUGGCCGGGACGUGCUGGAUGGCAGCAGCGUCAGGUUCGUGGAAAUGCUCGAGGAGGACCUUGCUAGGCUUUGGGACAAGGGCGUUGAUGCGAGAAUAGCCCUGCUUCGGCGGAUGUAUGUCACGAUGGAUCGUUAUGAGGUACAGUACUAUAGCUGCGUCUCUGAGCAUAGAGAAGAACGCUUGAAUGACUGGCAGGUUGUGAAGCGAGGUUGGGAUGCGCACGUCCUCGGUGAAGCCCCCCACAAGUUCAAGAACGCUCUCGAGGCUGUGAAGAAGCUCAGGGAGGAUCCAAAGGCCAACGUCCAGUACUUACCUCCCUUCGUCAUAGUCGAUGAGAGCGGAAAGCCGGUCGGCCCGAUACAGGACGGAGAUGCUGUCGUGACGUUCAAUUUCAGAGCUGACCGGAUGGUGAUGCUUGCGAAGGCGCUGGAGUACGAGGACUUCGACAAGUUUGAUCGUGUCAGGUUCCCCAAGAUACGCUAUGCCGGUAUGCUUCAGUACGAUGGCGAGCUAAAGCUUCCAAGCCAUUAUCUCGUUGCUCCCCCGGAGAUAGAGAGGACAUCGAGUGAAUACUUGGCGCGCAACGGCAUUCGCACCUAUGCUUGCAGUGAGACGGUCAAAUUUGGUCAUGUCACCUUUUUCUGGAACGGAAAUCGGUCUGGCUACUUCAACCAAGACUUGGAAAAAUAUGAAGAAAUUCCCAGCGACAUCGGCAUCCCCUUCAAUGUUCAGCCCAAGAUGAAGGCCUUGGAAAUUGCACACAAGGCAAGGGAUGCCAUCCUGAGCCGAAAAUUUGAUCUGGUACGGGUCAACAUUGCAAAUGGAGAUAUGGUUGGCCAUACAGGAGACAUUGAGGCAACCAUUGUUGCAUGCAAGGCAGCUGAUGAGGCUGUUAAGAUCAUCCUCGAUGCCAUUGAGGAAAUGGGUGGCAUUUUUGUACUGACUGCCGACCAUGGUAACGCCGAGGACAUGGCGAAAAGAGAUAAGUCUGGAAAGCCACUCCGGGACAAGGACGGGAAGGUCCAGACCCUUACUUCGCACACGCUGAAUCCGGUUCCAAUCGCAAUAGGAGGCCCUGGGCUUGCACCUGGGGUCAGGUUCCGUACAGACCUCGCAAAUGCCGGCCUCGCUAAUGUUGCAGCGACAGUCAUGAACCUUCAUGGGUUUGAGGCCUCUGAUCAUUAUGAGCCAACACUGAUCGAAGUCGUCGACAAGUGA